AUGGAAGAUUUUAAUGAUGAUGACAUCAGUAUUUUUGUAGGAAAAUUUGAGAAAGAAAACCAGAAUUCAAUGUUAGACUCAAUAAUGAACCAAAAAUAAUCUUAAGGAUCGAAUUGUAAUAAUAUAUUGAGUAAUUUAGAAAUAAUUAUCCUACAAUAAGCAAUACGAACUAAAGAAGAAUUAAACAAGCAAAUAAUUCCUAUAUUAAGUAUUAAUUGACUUCAUAAAAGAAUAUCUCUAAAAUAAAAAUCUGCAAUAUGGAGAUUUGGAAAAAUAAAAUUAAGAACUAAUAAUACUUUAGGAAUAAUCUAAAUAAGAUAUCUAGCAAUUAUAAGUAAAGAUGAUAAUUUAUAAUAGGAUUAAAUUUUAGAAAAGAAUUUGAAAAAUGAUGAACUAAUGGACUAAAUUUAUUAGUUAGAGAAUGAAAUGGAAAAUUUGAGAAUUCAAUUGAAAUAUUUAGAAUCUCAACAACAGAAUAAACUCUUAUAUAACUAAGUAAUUUUUUAUAUAGAAUUAGUAAUCUCAAGGGGAAAGUCAAUGGUUUUAGCAAACUCAAAUCAUCACUAUUCAACAAUAAUUAUAAGACAAAGAAGAAUUAUUAAAAAAAACUGAAAAAGACCUUGAAGAAAUGGAAAAAUCUAAAAAAAAGGUGGAUUAGUAAAAUAAAGAUAUACAAAAUUAGUUAGACUUGAUUACUUAAAGAAAUAAGAGUAAAAAUAAAAAAAAAUAAUGUAGAUUUGAUGAAGGAAUUAGAAAAGUAUAAGCCAGAAGUAACUGACAACUCAAAAAAAUAAACAAUGACAAGGAACAAAACGCUUGGAGCUUUCAAUACGAGGGAAAUUAUCUAAAAAUAAAGAUUGUAAAAUGAUUUAACUAAUUAAAAAAAAUUGGAACAAAUUAAAACUUAAGAAAUAGAUAAUGCUAAUAAUUCAGAUAAUCAAGAUGAAAUUGAUACCCAAUCAAAGACAACUUUAAAAUAGGAUAGCGAACAAGCUUAAGCUUCAGUUGUAAAUUAAUAGAUAAUUAUGGAAAAAGAGCAAAAAAUAGUGGAAUUAGAAAAAAUAAAAAUUGAAUUAGAAUAGAAAAUAACAGAACUAGAAUGCGAAAUUAAUGGAAUCAAAUCCAAUAAUAAAAAGGUCACAUUCCAAAUUACUAAACUUGAAAAAGCAGUCGCGUUGGAAAAAGAAUGUAUAUUUAUAUUAAUAUAAAGAAAAUGCAAAAUUAAAGGAAGAAAAGGCAACGAUGGAACAAGACAUGAAGGCUGAGAUUGAGAUGAGAAAAAAAGAAAAUAUUGGAUUAGUAAUAUUUAUAUUUAUUUCUAGAAAAGGAUGUCAGUUAAAAUUAACUAAAACGAUAUUGGAGCUAGCCUUAUAAAUGCGGAUGAAUUAAAUUUAAAAGAAAAAUUUCUGUAAUUGUCAAGAGGUAAUCCAAGCAAAUAUAUAGAUCAAUUUAGAAUUACAAGCAACAAAACAAUAAAAUGAAAUGUAAAUUGAAACAUAUGAAAAACAAAUUAAUUAAUUAAAAACCUAAAUCGAAAUUUAUGCAAAGAAUAAUUUAGAAAAAGAAACUUAAGUGCUCGAGUUAUAAAAAAAUUUGUAGUUGGCUUUGGAAGAAAAACAAAACUAAAAAUGUUAAAUAGAAAAAUUGGCUGACAGCAAAAAUUUCGAUGGAGAGUCUACUUUGAAAGAAUGCAAAGUGAAAUUAAGAAAGUAUGAGAGCCUGUUGUAAAAAGCAAAGGCAGAAAUUGAAAUAAAAGACCUUUAGAUACAAGAACAACAUUCUAAUUAAUUAAUAGAAAUAAUCAAUAUUAUAGAAAGUUAUAGUAAAGAGAAUCUUUAAAUUAAUUAAUAAUUAUAAUAAUAAAUUCAGUUGGUUGAAGAGUUAAAAUCUUAAUCAGGCAUUGAAACCGAUGAUAACGAUUCAGGAAAAUGUAAAUAAUUGGAAGAUUAAAUUGAGAAAUAGAAAAUGACUAUAGCCAAAUAGAAAAAAUAAAUUGAAUAACUGUAAUAAAAGGCAAAGUAAGAAUAUUUAGUAAUUAGUAAUUCAAAAGUUGAAUCUGAAUAGCCGAUCCAAAUUUAGAGUGUUAACAAAGAGGCAGAAUCUAUUUAAAAGGAUGAUCUAUAAAAAAAGAAUGAAACUCUGAAUAGCCAAAUUUAAUAAUUAAACUCAAAAUUAUAAUUAUUAGAAUCAACUUAUUUAGAAAAUGAAACAAAAAUAAAGGAAUUGUAAUAAUAAAUUUUAGAAAAGGAUGAAUCAAUAAAAUAUUAUGAAAAAUCAAAUAGCAUAUUGUAAACCUUAAUACUGGAAAAUAAAAAUCAAAUAGAUUAUUUAAAGGAUUUGACUAAUGAUGGAGAUAAAAAUAAAUAAGACAAUGAAUAAAUAAUUUCUAACAUGAAAGAAUAAUUACUAAAUUAUUAUAAAGAAAUUGAAAAUUAUAAAUUACAAUUAAACAAUUAUGCUCAACAAAGUUAGGAAUAAGAAUAAGCAAAAACAACUUAUUUUGAGAUUCUUUUUGACUUAAAUCAGCAAAAAGAGAAUGUAACAAAUUUAAAUAUUGAAAAAUAACAAUUAUAAAAAUAAAUCUUAGAAUUAAUCGAGAAAACAAAUCAUUAAUAAUCUUUAAUUUCUGAACUUUAGACAAUGAACACUAAACUAGAAUCAAAAAGAUCUAUUUUAGAAGAAGAAAAAUUGAUUUAGUUAUCUUAAAUUCGGGUCUUUGAUUCACAUUAAAUUGAACUAUCAUCAGAAAUAUAAAUGUAUUAGUCGAAAGUUGCUGAACUAAAUUAAUAAUUAGAUAAAUUGAAAGUAGAAGAUAAUUCAAACAAAUAAUUAAUAAAUCAAUUCCAGGAUAAAAUGUAAGAUGAAUAAAGUAUACAAGUUAAACUUAAAUCAGAAAAAGACGAUUUGAAAAUUGAAAACGAAGACUUACAGAAAAAGAUAGAAAUAAAGAUUAGAGAAGUAUCAGAGUUUUAAAUUAUUUGUUAAAAAUUAACAAUUGAUCACGAAUAAUUGAAGGAAUCAUUAGUAGAAAAACACUUAUAAAUUUAGGAUUUAGAAAAUUAGAUAAAAUAUUUAAGUAUCAUUAAAGAAAGUGAAUUAAAUAAAUUAAAUAGACAAAUUGAAGAGGAAAAAGAUUAAAAUAUUUAAUAAUAAUUACAAUUAGAAGAAAAAAUUCAAAGGUAAGAAAUAUUAUUAUAAGAAUGUGAAAUAUAAAUAGAAAAAUUAAAAAAAAAUGAAAAUAAUUUAACUUUAAACUUAAAGUAAGAAAAAUCAAAUUAAGAAUAGUUUUAAAAUGAAUUUUAAGAAAAGGAAAUAAGAUUGUAGUAAUUAAUAGAAAAUGAAUAAAAGUAAAAUGAAGAAUUAAAAAAUUAAAUCUUAAUAGGUAAAAAUGAAAUACUUUCAUUAUAAAGUACUUUAAAUUAAUAAAUAAAAGAAUUGUUGGAAAAAGAUUUAAUAAUUGAAGAAAAAACAUCAAAAUUCAAUUAAAUACAAUAAGAGAGUUAAGAUCACAAAAUUGAAAUAAUGAAUAUAAUAUAAUAAAAUGAAAAUUUAAAAACUGAAUUUAAAGAUAAAGAAACUAAAAUUGUAUAAGAACUUGAACAAGGAAAGUUAUAAAAUCAAUCAUUACAAAAAGAAGUUGAGUAAAUGACACACUAAUUUAAAGAUAAAGAGUCUAAAUUUUAAUAAGAAAUUUAACAAGAAAAGAUGUAAAAUCAAUAAUUACAAAAAGAAUUUGAGAAAUUAACAAACGAAUUUAAAGAAAAAGAAACUAAAUUGUAGUAAGAAAUUGAACAAGGAAAGUUACAACAUUAAUCAUUACAAAAUGAAAUUGAGAAAUUAACUAAUGAAUUUAAAGAUAAAGAAACUAAAUUGUAGUAAGAAAUUGAACAAGGAAAGUUACAACAUUAAUCAUUACAAAAUGAAAUUGAGAAAUUAACUAAUGAAUAUAAAGAUAGAGAAACUAAAUUGUAGUAAGAAAUUGAACAAGGAAAGUUACAACAUUAAUCAUUACAAAAUGAAAUUGAGAAAUUAACUAAUUAAUAUAAAGAUAAAGAAACUAAAUUGUUGUAAGAAAUUGAACUAGGAAAGUUACAACAUUAAUCAUUACAAAAUGAAAUUGAGAAAUUAACUAAUGAAUUUAAAGAUAAAGAAACUAAAUUGUAGUAAGAAAUUGAACAAGGAAAGUUACAACAUUAAUCAUUACAAAAUGAAAUUGAGAAAUUAACUAAUGAAUAUAAAGAUAAAGAAACUAAAUUGUAGUAAGAAAUUGAACAAGGAAAGUUACAACAUUAAUCAUUACAAAAUGAAAUUGAGAAAUUAACUAAUGAAUAUAAAGAUAAAGAAACUAAAUUGUAGUAAGAAAUUGAACAAGGAAAGUUACAACAUUAAUCAUUACAAAAUGAAAUUGAGAAAUUAACUAAUGAAUAUAAAGAUAAAGAAACUAAAUUGUAGUAAGAAAUUGAACAAGGAAAGUUACAACAUUAAUCAUUACAAAAUGAAAUUGAGAAAUUAACUAAUGAAUAUAAAGAUAAAGAAACUAAAUUGUAGUAAGAAAUUGAACAAGGAAAGUUACAACAUUAAUCAUUACAAAAUGAAAUUGAGAAAUUAACUAAUGAAUAUAAAGAUAAAGAAACUAAAUUGUAGUAAGAAAUUGAACAAGGAAAGUUACAACAUUAAUCAUUACAAAAUGAAAUUGAGAAAUUAACUAAUGAAUAUAAAGAUAAAGAAACUAAAUUGUAGUAAGAAAUUGAACAAGGAAAGUUACAACAUUAAUCAUUACAAAAUGAAAUUGAGAAAUUAACUAAUGAAUAUAAAGAUAAAGAAACUAAAUUGUAGUAAGAAAUUGAACAAGGAAAGUUACAACAUUAAUCAUUACAAAAUGAAAUUGAGAAAUUAACUAAUGAAUAUAAAGAUAAAGAAACUAAAUUGUAGUAAGAAAUUGAACAAGGAAAGUUACAACAUUAAUCAUUACAAAAUGAAAUUGAGAAAUUAACUAAUGAAUAUAAAGAUAAAGAAACUAAAUUGUAGUAAGAAAUUGAACAAGGAAAGUUACAACAUUAAUCAUUACAAAAUGAAAUUGAGAAAUUAACUAAUGAAUAUAAAGAUAAAGAAACUAAAUUGUAGUAAGAAAUUGAACAAGGAAAGUUACAACAUUAAUCAUUACAAAAUGAAAUUGAGAAAUUAACUAAUGAAUAUAAAGAUAAAGAAACUAAAUUGUAGUAAGAAAUUGAACAAGGAAAGUUACAACAUUAAUCAUUACAAAAUGAAAUUGAGAAAUUAACUAAUGAAUAUAAAGAUAGAGAAACUAAAUUGUUGUAAGAAAUUGAACAAGGAAAGUUGUAACAUCAACAAUUACAAAAAGAAAUUGAGAAAUUAACAAACGAAUUUAAAGAAAAAGAAAAUAGAUUAUUAUUGGAUAUUGAAAAUUAAAAACAAUAAAACUAAUAGCUCAUUUAAGGUAAAGAUAUGCAAGGAAAUGAAUUGUUGUAAAUAUAAUAAAAGCUAAAUUUGGAAAUUGAUAAUUUGAAAUAAUAAAUUUAAAAUUUGAAUGAUUAACUUAAACAUAAUUAACAAAAAUUUGAGGAGUAAGAAAGGUUAAAAAUCAUUGAAAUAGAAGAACUCAAAUUAUUACAUGUGCAAUCAGAAUAUCAAAAUGAAAUUUAAUCUAUUGAAUUCAAAGACAAACAAACUUAAAUGAUUUCAACAAUUGACCAUUUAACCUCAUAAAUUUAAUUGAAAGAUACAAAAGAGAAUGAAUUAUUGUUAGCUUAAAAACAACAAAAUCUUGAGUUAGAAAAUUUACAAUUAUCUUUUGAACAAUAAUAAUAGCAAUAUGAUGUUAAAAUAAAUGAUUUAGUAUAAUAAUAGGAUUAAUUAAAUAAAGAAUUAGUCACUUAAAUCAAUUAAUUGCAAUAAAAUUUAUCAGUAGUAACAAAUGAUUAUUAAAAAUUACUUUAGGAGAAUGAAAAUUUAAUCAAAGAAAAAUAAAAAUAAGAAGCUUAAUUGUUGGAAAAUACAAAUCUUAUUCAUUCCAUGCAAUACGAAAAAGAAUAAUAAUAAAAUGAACAUCAAUUAAAUAAAGACAAUUAAUUAAAUGAUCUUCAUGCAUAAAUUUCUCAAUUAUAAUUAUCAGUUACUACUCAAUAAAAUCAAAUAGUGGCUGAAAAAGAUCAAAAUUUGAUCUAAUAAAAUAAAUUAUUGGAAUAAAAUGUAUUAAUUUAGCAAUUAACUGCUGAAAUCCUCAAUAUGGAGGAAUAAAAAAUUGAAUUAAAUAAACAUUUAGAAAAUCUAAAAUCUGAAAAUUAACUAAGCUAAUAAUAAAUUGCAUAAUAACUUAUAUCUAUUUAAGAAGCCGAAUAAACAUUAAAUAAAAAUUAGGCCGACUCAUUAGAGUUAAAUAAGUUACUAGAUUAAAAAACUAGUGAAAUUUAAGCUUUAUAAUAAGCACAUUAUGACUUAAAUAUUGCAAACAAUUAACUCAUUGAAGAAAACACUAGCUUUUAAAUUAAUCAUGAUUAAAGGGAAAUUGAGUUAAAGAACUUAUAGGAGUAGUGUCAUAUUGAAAAAGAAUCUAACUAAAAAUCAUCUGAAUAAAAUUAACAGCUGAAAUCUUAAAUAGAUGAACUUAAUGGAGAAAUAUCUAAAUUAGUCAAAGAACUUUAAUAGUGGGAGGUAACUUAAAAAUAGGAUCAUAAUAAUUAAUAGGAAGAACUGAAUUCAUUAUACUAAAUUCAAGAAGAAAAAGUAAAUUUAUAAAAUUAAAAUGAAAAAUUAGAAAAUACAAAUCAACACUUAUAAGAAUAUAUCAGUUAAUUAGAAUAAUAAAUUUAAGCCUAAUCUAAUUUAAUAGAAGAAAAAGAAUUAUUAAUAAAUAGCCUUAAGAAUGCGAAUGAAUAAAUGAAUUCCUAACUAUUAUAAGAUCAAAACAUUUUAAAAGAAAAAGAGGAAUGCAUUAAUUUGAUAAACCUAGAGAAUAGGCAAGUCUUAAAUGAGAAAUAGUAGGAGCACAAUUCAUUUGAAGAAAAUAACAAAUAGGAAACAUUUGAAUUUAAAAAUUAACUAAAUUAGGAUGUUUCCCUAAUUGCCUAACUUUAAGAAGAAGUAAAUUAAUAAAAUCAGAAAAUUUAAUAGUAUGAAAAUAACGAAAAAAAUUUUCAAUAACAGAUCGAAGAACUUAAAGAACAUAUCUAAAAUUUAGAGGAUUUUUCUUAGGUUUCAGAGAAUCACAUAUCUGAGUAAUAAGAAAAAGAAUAAUAGUUAAUUAAAGAAUUAGAAACUUUAAAAUUAGAAUAUGAACAAUUAUCCCAAUAAUAUUCUUUAAUUAAAGAUUAAGUCGAACAACUUUAGUUGAAAAAUUAAUAAACUAUGAAUUAAUAAACUGUCUUAGAAAAUGAAAUAAAAUAAUUGCAAUAAUAAGAAUCAGAUCUCCAAAACACGAUUCAUUAAUAUGAGGAUAAAAUUAACUUUCUUUAAAUAGAACGGGAAUAGGAUUAAGCAAAAUUAAUGGAGGUUGAUGAAAUAAAUAAGCAAAAAACUGAAUUAGAAAAAAAAAUUAAACAUUAGAAUGAUGCCAUAUAAAACUUAUGUUAGUAAGUUGGAUUGCUUGAAGACGAACAUCCUAAUGAAUACAUAGCGACAUAAAAAGCAAAAAUGAUAUAGUAAAGAAAAGAUAUUGAAAAUUUAAACAAUGAGAUUUUAAAUUUAAAACAAGAAAUAAAAAUGUUUUAAGAAAAAGAAGCAUAAAUAAAAAUUUAUAAAGAAAAACUAGAAAGAAAAUAUUUAGAGCAAAUAUCUGAGUUAUCAAAUCAUUAAGAUGAAAUGUUUGAAUAAAUAAAGGAGUUGAGAUCUAAAGCAUUAAUGAGCGAUGAAUACCUGAAAAAAAACAAAGACCUCGAAAUGACUCUUAAGUUUAAAUAAGAUUAAUUAAUAAGCUAUUCCUAAAAAAUACAGGAAUAAUCCGUUUAUAUAGAUUAGCUUGAACUUAAAAUUUAAGAACUAAAAUAAACAAGUGAGUUUAUGUUCACAAUAUGAUAUAUUUAUUGCAACC